GGAACCCGCGAUGGAGUGCGCGAGUUCUUGAGGCUCCGGGAACAGGGGAGAGGGACACAACUACGGCAAGGAUCAGCAGCUCAAUCGCAUAACCAACUCGAGCAUUUAAUGCAGAUGUACUAUGUAUAAUCCUCCCCACGCCCAGUGUUUUGUCAAGCCCGCCCCCCAUGUGCUCGCCGUGGCCCGGCCUGCGCGCCGCCGCAUGUAUAUAUAGCCGCCGCAUGGCGCGAAGGCAGCACACAACUCGCCGCCGGUUGCAUACAUCCACAGAGCUCGAUCCAAGUGCAACACUCAACUAGAUUACAUCACGUAGCUAGAGCUAGACACCAGCUUGGUUUGGCAGCUGCCGCUAAUAGAAACCAGUCGUACGUGAUCGUGAAUUCGUGAUCAUGGCGUUAGUGCGGGAGCCGAUGAUGUACGACGGCGGCUUCGACGCCGAGGCGUCCGCGUUCGACGCGCUCGGCUACGGAGGCCACGACGCGCUGCUCGGCGGCUUGGACGUGGCGGCGCUCUUCGGGGGCUACGACGAGCCAGAGCCAGCCGGCGCCGCAAGCGCCUACGUGCGGGACGGCGCGACCUGGGCGAGCGCGGGGACUUCCGUGCUCUCGUUCGACGGCGCCGCGCGGGGCCACGCUGUCGAGGAGGAGGAGCCCGACUGCGACGCGUGGAUUGACGACAUGGAAGUAGAUCAGGGUCAUCAGCACACGACGCCGGCGUCGACCAUAGGGUUCGACCCGGCCACGGGUUGCUUCAGCCUGACGCAGAGCUCCGGCGGCGCGCGGCGGCCGUUCGGGCUCCUGUUCCCGAGCACGUCCAACGGCUCGCGCGAUGACGCGGCACCGGCGCGCGGUUCCUCGAAGCGAUCGUACGCGGCGCGCGUGCGGGACGCGGAGCCGCGGGCCGCCAAGAGGCCGUGCGGUGCGAGCAGGAAGGUGAGCAAGGCGAAGCCAGCGGUGCCCACCACCACCUCGCCCAAGGGCGACCCGCAAAGCCUCACCGCAAAGAACCGGCGGGAGAAGAUCAGCGAGCGGCUCCGGACACUGCAGGAGCUGGUGCCCAACGGCACCAAGGUCGACAUGGUCACCAUGCUCGAGAAGGCCAUCGGCUACGUCAAGUUCCUGCAGCUGCAAGUCAAGGUGCUCGCGACGGACGAGUUCUGGCCGGCGCAAGGGGGAACGGCGCCAGAGAUCUCUCAGGUGAAGGAGGCGCUGGACGCCAUCUUGUCGUCGCAGAGGGGGCAACUGAACUGAGCUGCUUAGCUAGCCUCCGUGGAAACGUACAAGGAUAUGGUACCUCGUUCGAAGAUAAAUAAUGAGGCAUAUGCAAACGUACAUGCUCUUGUUUACUCUCGCCACUAUGUACCCUUUUACAGGGGACUUAGGUUGCGUUGUACUCCUUUUAUACCAUAAUAUUUGUUGUUGAAAAAAAAACUAGUUUAAUUUUUUUUAACAACAAAUAUUUAGGAACAGGGGAGUAUAUAGGUACUUGAUCUGAUGUAGUGAUGUAGAGGGAGAGAGGGGUUUAACAUUUUGUUAAUCCUAACAUUUUUGUAAAA